AGAAGUCUGCUGGCUUCCUCUCUCUGUGCCCAUGCACAGAGUACGCCCUGCAGGGCUGCGGGAGUGAGCUGCUGGAGAAGACCAGGGUACCAGAACAGCGGCAAACAUGAGCCCUCAGUCUUUGUUUUUGACCUGCCUGCUCCUGCUCGUCUCUGAUUCCUGUGAGUUCUUCACUGAAGCAAAUUACUCUAGAAGCUAUCCUUGCGAUGAGAAAAGAGAAAAUGUCUCCAUUAUUGCUGAGUGCAACAACCGCCAGCUGCACCAGGUUCCUCAAAGCGUGAAUAAACAUGUGACAGAACUAGACCUGUCUGAGAAUCUCAUCACACACAUCACAAAUGAAUCAUUUCAAGGGCUGCUCAAUCUCACCAUAAUAAAUUUAAACCACAACGCAAAUCGCCAGGACUCGAAUAAAAAUCCUGACGCGACUGAAAUCAGCAUGAACAUUACGGAUGGAGCGUUCCUCAGUUUACAAAAGCUGCAGCACUUGUGGCUCGAGGACAAUCGGCUCAACAGAAUACCGGCCGGCUUGCCCCAGUCUCUGCAACUGCUUAGUCUCACUCAAAACAGCAUACUCAGGGUGAGCAAGAAGAACACUUCUGGGCUUCCACAUUUGGAAACUCUCUACCUGGGCUGGAAUUGCUAUUUUGGAAAUUCCUGUAAUAAGUCAUUUGUUGUAGAAAAUGGAGCCUUUGAGAAUCUUACAACUUUGAGGGUGCUAUCACUUUCAUUUAACAAUCUUCACUAUGUGCCACCCAAACUGCCAAUCUUCCUAAGAGAACUUUAUCUCAGCAAUGCCAAUAUCACGACCGUCGGUCAAGAAGACUUCAAGGGACUGAGAGAUUUAGAAGUACUGGAUCUCAGUGGAAACUGUCCCAGGUGCUUCAAUGCCCCUUUUCCAUGCACACCUUGUACUGGAAAUACUUCAAUUCAAAUCCAUCCUUUUGCUUUUCAACCCCUGAACAAGUUGCGCCACCUGAACCUCUCCAGCACGUCCCUCAGCCGGAUUCCCGCAACCUGGUUUGACAAUAUGCCCCAGCUGACGACGCUGCAUCUUGAAUUCAACUACUUAGUGCCGGAAAUCGCUACUGGGGCAUUUUUAACGAAACUGUCCCGUUUAGAACUCCUUGACUUAUCUUUUAACUAUAGACAGAUGGACUAUUUACCAUACAUUAAUAUUUCCCCAAACUUCUCUAAGCUUAUAUCUCUCCGGGCAUUGCAUUUAAGAGGUUAUGUCUUCCAGGAACUGAAAAAAGAACAUUUCCAGCCCCUGAUGUCUCUCUCAAAUUUGACCACUAUCAACUUGGGUGUUAACUUUAUUAAGCAAAUUGAUUUUUCUAUUUUCCAGGAGUUCUCCAAACUGACAGUCAUUUACUUGUCCGAAAACAGAAUAUCACCCUUGGUAAAUAAUAGCAGUCAAAACGAUAAAAAGGACUCUCUUUUCCAAAGGCAUGCCCGUAAGCCACGUUCAGCACAAGAAUUUAACCCACAUUCAAAUUUUUAUCACAAAACUAAUCCUUUAAUAAAGCCUCAAUGCUCCGCUUACGGUAAAGCCUUAGAUUUAAGCCUCAACAGCAUUUUCUUUAUUGGGAAAACACAAUUUAAAGGUUUUCAAAACAUCACCUGCUUAAACCUCUCUUCAAACGGCAAUGGUCAAAUGUUGAAAGGAACCGAAUUUUUAGAUGUGCCUCAUGUCAAAUAUUUGGAUUUGACAAACAACAGACUCGACUUUGCAGAUGACCAUGCUCUCAGUGAACUGAAAGAGUUAGAAGUUCUAGAUCUCAGCCAUAAUGACCACUAUUUCCGGAUAGCAGGGGUAACUCACUGUCUGGGAUUUAUUCAAAAUUUAACACAACUCAAAGUUUUGAACUUGAGUUACAACAGCAUUUAUACCUUAACACAGAAAAGCCUGAGUAGUAUGUCCCUGGAAGAACUGGUCUUCAGUGGGAAUCGUCUGGACCUCUUAUGGAGGAACCAUGAUAACAGGUACUGGGAAAUUUUUCAAAACCUCAAGAAUCUGAUGUGGCUCGACUUAUCCUCCAAUAAUCUUCAGCGCAUUCCGGAGGAAGUAUACUCUAACUUGCCCCGGAAUCUCACCAAGCUCUAUCUAAACAACAAUAAGCUAGAUGACUUUAACUGGACUUCGCUCCAGCUGUUUCCUCGUCUCCGCAUGCUUGACUUAAGUGGAAACCAACUGUCCUCUGUGACAAAUAGCCUGUCUAAAUUCACACCUUCUCUUCAGACGCUUCUGCUAAGACAGAACAGGAUUUCCCAACUGCCCCCCGACUUUCUUUCCCAAGCCAGCAGUUUGAAACACCUUGAUUUAGGCUCCAACUUACUCCAGACGAUUAACAAAUCCACCCUGCAGACUAAGACUAGUCCCAAUUUAGCUGUUUUAGAACUAGGUGGAAACCCUUUUGAUUGUACCUGUGACAUUGGAGAUUUUCGAAUAUGGAUAGAUGAAAAUCUGCAUGUCACAAUUCCUCGAUUGACGGAUGUCAUUUGUGCCAGCCCUGGGGACCAAAGUGGGAGGAGCAUUGUGACUUUUGAGCUAACCACGUGUGUCUCAGAUACCAUGGCGGCUGUGCUGUGUCUCUUCACCUCCUUCAUCACCAUCGUGGUGAUGCUGGGGGCCCUGGCUCACCACUGGUUCUACUGGGAUGUCUGGUUUAUCUACCACAUGUGCACAGCGAAGGUAAAAGGCUACAGGUCACUGUCUACAUCCCAGACUUUCUAUGAUGCUUACAUUUCUUAUGACACCAAAGACGCCUCAGUCACGGACUGGGUGAUAAACGAGCUGCGUUUCCACCUGGAAGAGAGUGAAGAGAAAAAUGUGCUUCUCUGCUUAGAGGAGAGGGACUGGGACCCGGGCCUAGCCAUCAUCGACAACGUCAUGCAGAGCAUAAACCAAAGCAAGAAAACCAUAUUUGUCUUGACCAAAAACUAUGCCAGGAACUGGAACUUUAAAACUGCAUUCUACUUGGCUCUGCAGAGGCUAAUGGAUGAGAAUAUGGAUGUGAUCAUUUUCAUCCUGCUGGAGCCCGUGUUACAACACUCUCAGUACUUGAGGCUGCGCCAGCGGAUCUGUAAGAGCUCCAUCCUCCAGUGGCCUGACAACCCCAAGGCGGAAGGAUUAUUUUGGCAAAGUCUGAAAAAUGUGGUCUUAACUGAAAAUGACUCCCGGUAUAACAAUCUGUAUGUUGAUUCCAUUAAGUAAUACUAACUCAUGUGAGCCCACUGUUCACCAACACAGUAACAUGCAAAGCAGCCACACUUCUCUUUCUAUCCUUCUUCCUUCCUUCCUUCCUUCCUUCCUUCCUUCCUUCCUUCCUUCCUUCCUUCCUUCCUUCCUUCCUCCCUUCCUCCCUUCCUCCCUUCCUCCCUUCCUCCCUUCCUCCCUUCCUCCCUUCCUCCCUUCCUCCCUUCUUUCUUUGUUAUCUGUUGCUGUGUGUAACAAAUCACCCUCAAACUUGAUAGCUAUAAGUGACACAUACUUGCUAUCUCCCAGUCUCUAUAGGUCAAGGGGAAACAACGUAACUGGUAGAGCACAGGCCUUGCAUCCCUAAGGUUCCCAGUUCAAUUCCCUGUGCCAUGUACAUGUGCCAGUUGUAUUCUGGUCUCUCCCUCUCCCUCCCCCCUCUCUCUCAUGAAACUAUCUCAUAUGAAAUAAGAGUACAUCUAGCUGUCAGCUAGGGCCAGAGGCAUCUCUUGGGGUUAGGAUCCACUUUUACUUCACAGCUGCGGCUGUGUUCAAGGUUCAGUCCCUCCUGGGCUGCUGGCCUCGGCCUGCUCUCAGUUCCCUGCUGUGUGGCCCUCUCUCGCAUGGCAGCCUGAUGUGGCAGCUUGCUGCACCAAAGCUGCCAAGAGGGAAGUCACUGUCCUUUGUAAUAUGAUCAAGGCUAAACUAUCCCAUCACUUUGGCCAUAUUCUAUUGAGUCAACACAGGUCCCAUCAGCUCCAUGGAAGUGAUCACCUCAGUCCAGGGCACUUCGUCUAUGACAGAAAUGCAAGGUUGUAAUAGUCACAGAUGGCUUGCCAUCUGGCUUGUAGACUGUGACUUCCAGGAGACAGGUGUCAUGGUGGGCUAUGUUACUAAUAGUUCUUAUGUUAGGAGGCAAUUUAGAUGGUUCAUCUACCCAGGACUAUGUUAUGCUAUGCUUGUAUUAGCCUUUCUUUUUAUAACUACUUUGACAGACACUGGUUAUAACAUUUGAUUUCUAAGGUUUAGGUGCCAGUAGAGAGUAAGGUACAUAGUUUUUAAAGUCUGGUUUUACUUAUUAGCUGUGUAUGUGUGUGUAUGUAGUCAUGGCCUUGCACAUUCUGAUUCUACCACUCAGGGCCACUUUUUUUUUCCAAAGGAGAGAUAGAAAGAUAGAUAGAUAGAUAGAUAGGAAGACAGAUAGAGAAAUGGGGAGAGAACCACAACACUGAAACUUUCUCCACUAGCAAAGCACCUCCCAUAGGUGCUCAAACCUGAGUCAUGUGCAUAGCGAGGCAUGCGCCGACCCAGUUAACCAUCUCUCUGGCCCCUCUUAGUCUAAACCAAAAGCAUUUGGAGGAUCUGCUAAUUGCCAUUGCUGUGCAUCUUGAAAUAGCCGACUUAAAAAAAUGCUUCAUUUCAUUUUACAUGACAGUAAAUAUACAGUAGGGAGGCAUGUGCAUAUGUGAAAGAAAUUGCCAUCUACAGUGAAGUUUUUGAGAUUACUUGCUAAAAGAUCUUUGCUAGAGCAGCCUGGGAGAUGACUCACUGGGUAAGUGCGUGACUUGCAAGCAUGAGGUCCUGAGUUUGGUCUCCAGCACUGCAUAUAGCAAAGUCAUGCCCCAGUGCGCCUCUACUCUCUCCCUCUCUCUCUCUCUCUCUCUCUCUCUCUCUCUCUCUCUCUCUCUCACACACACACACACACACACAAAUAAAUUAUUUUUAAAAAUCUGAUUCUUUGCUCAUAUGUACAAUAUAAAGAACUGGAACACAUGAACUUGUCAAAAAGGAAAAAAUAGGGAGGUGGGAGGUAGUGCAGUAGGUUAAGUGCAGGUGACGCAAAGCUCAAGGACUGUCGUGAGGAUCCCGGUUCGAGCCCCCGGCUCCCCACCUGCAGGAGUAGCUUCACAGGCGGUGAAGCAGGUCUGCAGGUGUCUCUCUUUUUCUCCCCCUCUCUGUUUUCCCCUCCUCUCUCCAUUUCUCUCUGUCCUAUCCAACAACGACAACAUCAAUAAUAAUUACAACAAUAAAACAACAAGGGCAACAAAAGGGAAUAAGUAAAUAUUAAAAAAAAAAAAAAGAAAAAGGAAAAAUAUGGUGGUCAAACUGCCACUAAGACCGAAAAUUAUGGUGGUCAUCCUAGUGGAGGGAGGGCACAGACCUGUGGUGGUGGGUGUGGUGAGGAACUAGACCCCUGUAACCAUAUCAUCUUAGAAAGCAUUAUUGAAUCACCAAUAAAAAUCAAUUUAAAAAGAAAUAAAAAUCUUUGCUAUUGAUAAAAGAGGAAGCAGCUUUCCUGAAGUCUGUACAUUUAGAUAAUUAUAAAUAGAGAAGAAUAUUAAUUUUAUAUCCACUUCCUGCUCAGAACCCAUAAAGUUGGAAUGCCUACCUUUUGCUAUCCUUAGUGCAAUUCUUCCCAACAAAGAAACUUUAGGAUUCCUGGCUCAUCUUUCAACGAUCUGCCUUAGUCUGUAGCAGCAGAGGGAUGAAUCUUUAAAAAGGAACCUUGGGGAAUUAUCUGAGAAUAACUGGAAAAUAUCUAAGCAUAAGAAAAUCAAGUCCUGACCCAGGCUCGAGACCAGCUCCCACCACACUGAAAGAAGCGUCAGCACUGUGGUUUCUUUCCUUCUCUCACUCUGCAUCUGUUUCUGUUUGAAAAUAAAUGUAGGGGGGGAAAAGAAAGAGAGGAAUAAAAAAAGAAAGAAAGAAGGAAGGAAGGAAGGAAGAAAGAAAGAAAGAAAGAAAGAAAGAAAGAAAGAAAGAAAGAAAGAGGGAAGAAAGGGAAAGGGAAGAAAAUCCCUUCAGAAUAAAAAAGAAGAAAAGUUACCAGUUACUUCUGGAGAGCAGGAUUGGAGGGACAUCAAAGAAUAGACCGUAGGGGGAGUCGGGCUGUAGCGCAGCGGGUUAAGCGCAGGUGGCGCAAAGCACAAGGACCGGCAUAAGGAUCCCGGUUCGAGCCCCCGGCUCCCCACCUGCAGGGGAGUCUCUUCACAGGCGGUGAAGCGGGUCUGCAGGUGUCUGUCUUUCUCUCCCCCUCUCUGUCUUCCCCUCCUCUCUCUCUGUCCUGUCCAACAAUGACAACAACAAUAAUAACUACAACAAUAAAACAACAAGGGCAACAAAAGGGAAUAAAUAAAUAAAAUAAAUUUAAAAAAUAUAGCCUCUUGGUUCAUCUUGAAGGGUUACUUAUCUUUAAAUGAAAAAUAAAACCAAGAGCAUGUCACAGCAUUGUUUAAUACGGAUAAAAUGGAAACAGGCACAUGUUUGCCAAGGACAGUGCUAGUUUUGUCACCUGGAACUCUGUUUUGUGAUCAUGUUAUUAGGGAGACAGUUACGCUAUAGGGAGUAAUAGGGAAAUAUUUAUGUUGAUAGGGAGAUAUUUAUGUUUUGUUUGUUGCAAUAUUGGGACAAAUAUUUCUCUUUUAUCUUUAUUUAUUGGAUAGAGACAGUCAGAAGUUAAGAGGGGGAGGGGGAGAUAGAGAGGGAGAGAGAAAGAAAGACACACCUGCAGUCCUGCUUCACCACUUGCAAAGCUUUCCCUCCUGCAGGUGGGGACUGGAGGCUUGAACCUGGGUCCUUGUGCACUGUAAGGUGUGCGCUUAGCCAGGUGCGCCACCACUUGGGCCCCUUGGGACACAUAUUUCAGAGCAGGAUGAGUCUAGAAAGGGAUACCCUAAUAUAAGUGGUGGGGUGGAAUCCCAGCUCAACCCUGGUUGAGGCCAUAGUAGUUUGUUGCCUGGUGGAGGUCUAUUUCCGUGUUUCCUGAUUGGUUUGAAAAAAUAAGAAUGUACAUUUUUCAGUAGCUUUGGUAACUAAGAACCUAUCUUACGGUCACAUACUUGGCAGUGUUCUGCUGACAGGAUCAAAAGUUACUGAAAAGUCACAGAUGGGUUUAGUUUCUCCUUAGCAAAUAUCAUCAUAAAGCUGAGAUAGCAAAACCAUUGGUUAAUAAAACCACUUGGAAAGGGGCGUGAAAGGGUGAAGAAGGCCCAGUGGACAGUGGUGAAGAGAUGUUGGCACUCUGGUGGACUGGGCAUGACAACGUAUUUUUUUUUUAUUAUUUAUUUAUUCCCUUUUGUUGCCC